AUGAAUCCAGCGUACACUGACCAGGACUGGAGUAUCGAAGGCUGCAACCAUUUUAGCGACAAGUUUGAGGUGAACGAACUCCAACGGAUUCUCCUUGCUUCUUCGUCAAGAACAAGUUACGAUUUUGACACUGCAGUAAUCAUCAAUGGUGAGUCAUCUGUUUGUAACUCAACUCCAUCGCAGUCAGUUCUGAUCAUGAGGUCAGAACUCGGUCGUCCUGGACGAGUCUCCGACGACGAUAUCUCAGCCAUCAUUUCGAGCUGCAAGAGCGGCAACAUUUCCACGCACGAGGGUUCGCGGACAGAGUUGGUCCCGGCGGAAGAAUUGGCUUCUUCCUCAAGAUCAUCGAAUUACGGCGGCGGCGGCAAGAGAAAGUCGGAUCAAGAAAUCAAAACCCCCGCCGGCGUCGACAUCAGCUUCGCGAAGCGACGGAGAGUGGAGAAGCGAACGGAGAGCUCUGGUUCGACGACUAUAGACUUCGUUCGGAGCGGGGAACUUGAGCCCGACGAGGAGGCGAUCAUGCAAGUGAAGGAGAUGACUUACCGGGCGGCCGCGCUGAGGCCAAUUUGCACGGUGGAGGCGGCAGCAGCCACUAGGAUGGUGCCUAAGAGGAAGAAUGUGAGGGUAUCGAGUGACCCGCAGACAGUGGCAGCGAGACAGAGGAGGGAGAGGGUGAGUGAGAGGUUGAGGGCUCUGCAGAGGCUGGUCCCGGGGGGCACCAAAUUGGACACUGCAUCAAUGCUCGAUGAGGCUGCCAACUACCUCAAGUUCCUCAAAGCUCAAGUCAAGGCCUUAGAAACCCUAGCUAAACCUAGGUUCAAUCAUCACCAUGAUGCUGCUGCAGUGAGACAAGCUUUUCCCAUGCAAAGCUUUUCUCCCUUCUUCUACCCAAAACCCUAA